UAUGUAUAAAAAAAGGAGCAAGUGUAGGCCAAAGUUACUCAAAACACGCUCUCAAAAUGCCGAUGAAAGGUCGCUUUCCGCUGAGGCGGACAUUAAGAUAUCUUAAGCAAGGCAGUGUCUACUUGAAGGACGAUGUAAAAAUCCUGAUUAUAAACUUUAACACAUUUGGAAUGCCGAGUAAAGGAACAAGAGACUUCGUAUUCUACAAUCUACCUCAGCUCCAGUUCAAGAAUCCUUCCAUUCAAAUGAAAACUUUCAAGAAUAUCACACCAUCGCCUUUCAUCAGAUGUUUUCUAGGUGAAGAUGGUGAAGUGUUGAUAGACACAGACAGUAAAAGCAACCUAGAAAUCAUUGAACACCUCAAUAAAGUACUUGGAAAAUCUGAGGAGGUGUUAGAAAGAGAACGCAAAGCCCAAGAGAGUCGAUCCAAUCCAGCCCACUUUGGAGAUGGCUAUCUGAGAAAGUGCAUAUGUGAGAUCCCUGGCCAAGUACCCUGCCCUGGACUGGUACCCCUUCCACAGGAACUCCGAGGCAAAUUCAGAGACAUAUGUGACCGCUCAUUAAAACCUCCUAGGGGCGUGUUACCAGACUCGUAGCAUGAUAGACUCUAAAUUAAAUCUUUAUAUCAUUUAAAUUUUUUUGUUUAAGUACAUGCCUACCUGCAGUAAUCAUUGUUUCAAUGUGUGAAAAGAUAAUAAUUUUCUAAUUGUCGUUGUUGUGUGAACGAACAACAACGUUGUGUGAACGGAGUGCUUCCGAACCGGUGGCUACAUCUAUGAUCUAAGGAUGUACUCUAAUCUCAACACAUGAGGACGAGAAAAAUAUAGUCGUAGCCGUAACUGUAUAUUCGGAUACGCCCAUGUCUUCAAAUAUCAGGCAUGCAACUCUUCUGCGUUUCCGCGGAAUUCCACGUUUUUGUGGUUUUUGUAAACGUGAAAAAA